AUGUCUGCUAUAUCACUGCGUAGUAUACUUGAUGCCAACAAGUUGGUAGGACCAAACUUUGAAGACUGGUACAGAAAUUUGAGAAUUGUUCUCAUGCAUGAAAAGCUUAUCGAUGUGAUCGACAAGCCUGAAAAAGAAGUCCCAGCUGAGGAUGAUGCUGAGGGCACCAUGUAUUAUCAUAAAUACAUGGAAGACUGUCUUACAGGUAAAUGCAUCAUUCUCGCUUCUAUAAGUUCUGAACUCCAGAGGAAACAUCAAGAUAUGAACCCACUUGAAAUUAUUAAACAUCUUAAGAAGAUGUUUGGUACACAAGGUAGGACAGCUAGAUACCAGUUGUCUAAGGCUUUGUUUGGAUCCAAGUUGACUGCAAACUCUCCAAAUGGACCCCAUGUCAAUCAUAUGAUUGAUCUUAUUGAAGAAGUUGAAAAAUUGGGGUGCAAACUUGAAAAAGAGUUUUCUCAAGAUUUGAUCUUCCAAUCACUACUCGAAUCCUUUUCACAACUCGUUAUUAAUUUCAAUAUGCAUAAAAUGGACUAUGAUCUUCAUGAGAUGCUUAACAUGUUAAUUGAUUAUGAGAAUUAA